AUGGCAACGGCAAUGGAGACCCUGAAAAUCAACGAUGGCACCACCAUGCAGAUCACGCGCUUGCCGGACAUUGAUGACGAAACCUGGGCUGAGGUGAAGACCUACGUGGAGAGCAAUCCAGACACCGCCAAGGCUCUGCAGAAUUUCGCCAAGAAUCCGGAUGCCAUGCGUGGCUGGCUACAAACCCAGGCCAUUGCGGAACACUACAACACCAAGCUCUCCAACGGCGACACCCCAGUGCAGGACCGCGUGAAGUCCCUGGAGUCUGACGCGGAGCUGGGGCCCAUCUUUGAGGAUAUCAAGAAGAAUGGCCUAGAAGCAGCAAUGAAGUACUACCAGGAUGAGGAAUUGAUGUUGAAGAUCAGCCAGAAAAUGGGAGGUCUGCCAUCGGAGCUGAACCCGGUGCUGCAGAAGAUCGAGGACACGGCCAUGACGCUGCACGAGGCCGCGAAGCGCGGUGAUGUUCAGGCGGUACAGACCUUCCUGGACAAGAAAAAACCGCUGGACAGUCAGGACUACAAGGGCAUCACUCCCUUGGGCUAUGCCAUCGGUGCCAACCGCAUCGCUGUGGUGAAGCUCCUCUUGGACAGCCGCGCCAAUCCCUAUGCCGUGGACAGCUCAGGCAACAGCGGGCUGCACUACGCAGCGGGAUAUGGCCGAAAGGAACUCUUGGAGUACCUGCUGAAGGUGGGCGCCAAUGUGAAUCAGCCGAACGCUCAGGGUCUCACACCUUUAGGUGCAGCCACACAGAAUCGCCAGGAAGCCACUAUGGCGGUCUUGAAGGUCUCUCCUAGGGUCAUGUCAGCGCCAGUGGGGCAGUUGGCAGUCGAUGAGUAUGGCAAUCCAUUCAUCAUUUUGGAGGACCUGAAACUGAGCUGUGCCACGGCGGUACUUCACGAUAUCGACCAGAGCCAACUCUUCCCCUGCCCGCUGCUCUGGGGUGUUGCACGACCCCAUGUGCAACAGAAGUCGCUGAUCCUUGAUGUUUCUGGUGUGAAAUCGGUGAAAGAUGACCAUGAGGAGGAAGAUAUUGCCGAAGAGCUCCCCCAAGACGAGGCCAUGGAGGAAGCCGAGGAGGGCUUCGAGGAAGCCUUCGAGGCAGAGCCUGAGGACGCUGAGGCCGAGGCCGCCGACGAUGCCGAGGGCGAGGCCGAGGCCGAAGUCUUCGAGGACACCAUGGAGGACGCCGACCCCGAGGCCGCGGAGGCUGAGGCCGAGGCCGAGGAAACCUUCGAAGAUGCUGUGGACCCGGACCUCGACGCGGAGGCGGAGGCCGUGGAAGCCGAGGCCUUGGAAAUCGACCAUGGCGUUGAGGAGCUGGAUGAAUUGGACGCACCUGAAGUUCCGGAGGAAUUUGAGGAACUUCAGCAGGUCCUUGAUGAGAAACCUCCAUCUCAGCCGUGGUGGUUGAAACGCGCCUUUUGGAAAGUUCGAGAAGGUCGCUACGUGCUGCGGCUCCGACAGAAGAUGAGGACAGCGAAAGAUGCUGAGGCCUUUUGCGACGCACUGGCCAAACAGAUCGAAGAGGCGAAGGAAAACGACCAAAUGCUGGUCUUUGAAGACUUUGAUAUCUCUCAGAAUCCCAUCCCCAAUGAGCAGAUUGAGAUGAUGUUCUCGUUGCUCACGGACACCACGGUGCAGAUCGAACGUCUCAGAGCCUUUGGCAUUCCGACCUUGGACGAUGCGGCAGCCGUGAUGCUGUCGGGCUGGCUACAAGGUGUGGUGCCUGAGACAGCUCCAACUGAGCUUCAUCUCAGCGACUGCGCGAUUACCGCAGUAGGUUUCAAGGCUAUCAUGGAAGCCCUCAGUGAGAACGGAACCUUCCCGGCAGAUGACCCCAAAAAGCCGGACGAGGGCAAGCUGCCGGUCUAUUUGAGGAUUGAAGACAACUACAUCGACAACAGCAUCAUUCAAGAAUCCAUCGAUGAGGGUGUUGCUACCGCCAUGAAGAAGAAGGACAAGAUUGAGCACUCGGACACCGUGAAAUGCCGAAUUUUGAUUCGCGGAGAUGAGAAGGAGGAUAACCCCUACAAGCAGAAAGAGGGUGAACCGCCAGACCCCGCAGAUGCCCCGCCUCCCAAGCAAGUGCGAGAGAAGGGCAAAGGAAAAGGACGGUCAGGCAAAGGAUCCAAAGGAUCCAAAGGACGAACCUAUCAAUACUGGGGAAGCUCAUCUCGGAAAGAUAGCGAGAAAGGUGGCAAGGGCGGCAGAUGGGAACGGCAAGAGUACCACACUCCAAAGCCACGUUCAGAGUACUCUGAGUGGCAGUCAAGUAGAAAAGUGACCUACAAGGACUCAAAUGACAAGCCAAACAAAUGGUCCAAAGAUUCAACCUGGGGGCGGGAGAGCAAGCAGACAAAGUACGACGACAAGUCAUAUGACAAAUACGACAAGUCGUACGACAACUAUGGGAAGAAUGAGAAGUAUGAAAAGAACAAUUCCAAGGACUCGUGGUCAAAGCAGACUAAGGAUGACAAGUGGAAUUCCAAGCAGAGCAAGGACGACAAGUGGAAUUCUAAGCAGAGUAAGGAUGACAAGUGGAAUUCCAAGCAGAGUAAGGAUGACAAGUGGAAUUCCAAGCAGAGUAAGGAUGACAAGUGGAAUUCCUCGAAGUGGGACUCAAAGCAGGAUUCCAAUCGAAACGAUCGGGACGACAAGUGGAAAUCCUCAGGCUCAAAGUCCUGGGAAUCCAAUUCCAACUGGGAGAAGCAGGGCGUGGCUGCCUAUACCGGUGGGCGGUCCCAAGCCCAAAAUUCCCAGAAAUGGGACUCAAAGGGAUCCUGGAAGGAGGACAGUUGGAAGAAAAGCUCUGAGUCGACCGAAAAUGGCCGGGGGAGUUACGGUCAUACGCCCCGGCCGAGCCCCAAGACCAGCUAUUCCAGCCCUAGCACGAGCAGUGUUUCGGCGGUCCCCCGGGCUGCUCAGAGCAAGAUCAGCGAGGCUGAGCGAAGCAGACGCUGGGGUGACAGGGGUGACAGUGGCAAAGGGAAGAGUUGGAGCAGAGAAGAUGGCUCCAGAGGUAAAAAUGCAAAAGAUUCAAAGGAGGGAGGUGGCAAGAGUCAAAGUUCCAAGGAAGCCAAAGGCAAGGGGAGAUCCAAGAGCGAACCCUUCACGGCCUUCCGCGCGCCCACGCGGGGCUCUGCCGCCGAAAUGACGCGAAAGCGUCCCGGAGGCUCUGAGGCGCCUGAGGGCAAGAGACAGAAGACCUCAGCACCUGCAGGAUCUGGGCGUGAUAGUUUGCCUCCCAACUGGGAGAAGCAUUGGAGUGACCAGUACGGUACGCAUUACUACUGGAACAAAGAGACAGGGCAGUCGACCUGGGACGAGCAGGCGAAGAAAAAGCGACUCUCGGGGCUGGACGCUCACAAGGCGAACAUUCUUGCGGCCAAGGCAGUUUCUGACUCUGUAAGAAGCUCGAUGGGACCUCGAGGGAUGGACAAGAUGGUGGUGGGCCCUGACGGGGAUGUGACCGUCACGAACGAUGGGGCCACCAUUUUAGAGAAGAUGGACGUCAAUCACCAGAUUGCCAAGUUGCUAGUAGAGCUCUCCAAAUCUCAGGACCACGAGAUUGGCGAUGGCACCACUGGAGUGGUGGUCAUGGCUGGAGCGCUGCUGGAGAAGGCUGGAGAUCGGCAUUUCACCUGGGGAUACCUGGGGUCCCCUUUUUCAUGGCAAAAGGGAUGGAUAAAGAUGGAUAUAAAUUGUGACACAAAGAGAAAGAGAGAUAUACAUAUAUAUAUAUAUACUGUAUAUAUAUAUGUAUAUCUCAAGAACACAAACGCGCAAUACCAACUUUGGUACAAUUUGAAUUGGCAAUGGCUGCUGACCGUUUGCAAGAGGUUUACUGGGUUUUGUUUACCAAAAAGGUGCGGAGUUCCACUGGACCCAUGA